CUCUCGGCCGCCUAGAGCGGAGGCGACGGGGCGCGGGCGAGUGGGCGUUGCCGCUGGACUAGGAGCCGAGUAGGUGCAGGAGCCUGUCUGGCUCUUCCUGCAGCCAGGUGCUGGGGUGCUCGGUGUGUGCGCUCUGGCGAGGAAGGCCCUGCAGCCCGGGGCUGGGGAGCCGCUGCUCUCCGGGUGCAGGGAGCCUUCUGCGACCGAGGGCCCGCGGGCCAGGGCGAGGGCCGGGCGGGGGGGUCCCGCAGCUGCGCGUCUGCUGAACUGGGCACCGCGUAGGCUUCGCCUGUGUCAUCCGCUGACUGCAGUUUUCAACACAUGUUGAAGGAGACAGUCCAAGGAAGUUUUUGAGCAGAGAGAGCACAGGCUGACACUGGGGAUGGCGACUGCACUGGUGAAUGCCCAUUCCCAGGCUCCUCUGAAUCUGAAGAAGGGGCUUUGGACAGUGAAGGAUCCCUGCUCUACUUGGGAACAGGUAGUCAAGCUGCCAGGAGAUAGCACAGGCCUUGGACAAGAACCGCUGUGCAAACAGUUCAGGCAGUUGCGCUAUGAAGAGACCACAGGACCCCGUGAGGCCCUCACCUGGCUCCGGGAGCUGUGUCGACGCUGGCUGCGCCCUGAGACCCGCAGCAAGGAGCAGAUUCUGGAGCUGCUGGUGCUGGAGCAGUUCCUGACCAUCCUGCCUGAGAAGCUCCAGGCCUGGGUGCGGGAGCAGCACCCCGAGAGCGGGGACGAGGUGGUGGCCAUUCUGGAGGACCUGGAGAGGGAGCUGGACAAGCCCCAACAGCAGAACCCAGACCAGGCAAAGAAGCAGGAGGUGCUUGUGGAGGAGGCAGCUGCCAUGGAAGCAGUGCAGGAGCCGUGGGUCCAGGCUGAGGGUGAAGUUCUGGAGCCAGAACGAGAGAAGGGUGAGGAGACAAGGACUGAGAAUGAGAAGAUGGUUGUAGAGACAGACUCUUGUGGAGAAGUGGAAUCAUCUAGGAAAGUAUCUGAACCCUUAGAGCCUCGUUAUGAGGACCCUAACUUGGAAAGGCAGCAGGUCAAGCUCAAGGCAAAGACUGAGUAUAAAUGCUCAGAAUGUGGAAAGGGGUUCAUCCAGCACUCAGACCUGAUUACGCAUGAAGGUACACACAUACAAGGAAAGCUCUAUGAAUCUGAGGUGUGUCAGACUUCGAGUCCCACUGGACAUCAGAAAAUUCGCUCUAGAGAGAAAGGUCAUCAGUGUCACGAGUGUGGGAAAGCCUUUCAGAGAAGUUCACACCUUGUUAGACACCAGAAAAUCCAUCUUGGUGAGAAGCCCUAUCAGUGCAAAGAGUGUGGAAAGGUCUUUAGCCAGAAUGCAGGCCUUUUGGAACACCUCAGGAUCCAUACUGGAGAGAAGCCUUACCUAUGUAUCCAUUGUGGGAAGAACUUCAGGCGCAGCUCCCACCUCAACCGGCACCAGAGAGUCCAUAGUCAGGAGGAGCCCUGUGAGUGCAAGGAGUGUGGAAAAACCUUCAGUCAGGCCCUUUUUCUCACUCACCACCAGCGAAUCCAUAGCCACUCCAGAAGCCAUCGCUGUAAUGAGUGUGGAAAAGCCUUCAAUUUGACCUCAGACCUGAUUCGACAUCACAGGAUUCACACUGGAGAGAAGCCGUUCAAGUGUGACAUAUGCCAGAAAGCAUUCCGACUGAACUCCCACCUGGCUCAGCAUGUGCGGAUCCACAAUGAAGAAAAACCCUAUCAGUGUAACGAAUGUGGUGAAGCCUUCAGGCAGAGGUCGGGUCUUUUUCAGCAUCAGAGGAUAUCACCAUAAAGACAGUCUGGCUUGAUGGGGCAUCAUCUCCGCAAGGAAUAUCACAGAGGCUAUGUUGACGAGCAAACAGCACUUUAGGAAGAAUCACAGCCUGAUUCUAGCCCCAGAGAACUCUAGGGGGCCGAGCAGGAGACUUUCCACCUCCACUUGUGCUCAGCCUUUGGGCCACAAUGAUUUGACCCAUGAUGGGACUGUGAGAACCAGCUAACCAGCACGCUUCACUGCAGGACUUCUCUGAGCCUUGACCGUGGUAAAUACAUGACUGCGUACUUCAAGUAGCAGAGAGCCUUCUGAUUGAGUUAGGGCUUUGAAGUCAGCAGUGAUUCAAGUAUCUAUGGAUUUAUAGGCUCAACAGAACAAGAGGAGGUCAAUAUUUUUGCAUCUGCUACAGAAACAACUGUAAAAUAAAACUAAUGAUGUUUGAAAAUAUAGCACUUUCAAAAGUGUCUUAAAGUGCAGGUUAAUGGUGGGCAUUUCUUCCAUGAUUUUACUAACCACCCCCUACUGGCAUCUGCCUGCCAUCCCCCACCCCCAGCCAGCAGAAGCAUUUUGGAAGGGAAAGAAAAUUUAAUUUGACCACUUCCCACCCCAUUCUUGCUACAAUACUUCACUGAUUGAAGUUAGAAAUCAAGGUUUUAUUUGAAGUACAGAAGAGAUUUCAUAAGUCAUAUGAGUGAAUAGUGCUGAAUUAAUCCAGGUAGCAACUGUCUUACUUGAUAACUCCAGUGACAGGAGAGUGGCUCCUGCAUAGACACUGUUUAGUAACUGGGGAAAGAAAUUAGACUUUUUUCCUUUAAUACUGAUAAUGAUAAUUUAUUUUAUUUUUUAUUUAUUUUUAAAAGAUUUUAUGUAUUUAUUUGAGAAAGAGAGAGCAUGAGUAGGGGAAAGGCAGAGGGAUAGAUGCAGACUGCUGAGCACAGAGCCUGACAUGGGGCUCAAUCCCAGGACUCUUGAGAUUAUGACCUGAGCCAAAAUCAAGAGUCUGACGUUUAGCCGACUGAGUCCCCCAGAUGCCAUCUAAUAAUGUAAUUUUAAAAUAUUGCUUGUUCUGGAAUUCCUUGGAGGUCAAUAAAGUCAAUUGAGAGGA